AUGGCGAGAGCAUGUAGUAUAUGUGGAUCAAGAAAAUGGAGGAAAGAUAAAGUGACUGGAAAUGCUAUAUGUGAAGAUGGACAUGUCCAACAGGACUAUCGAGCUGAAACUCAAGAUCUGGAAAUUGGCGGACCUAGACAUCAGCUGACUCGUCGAAAAGCAGCGAGAAUAGGCCCAAGAAGGAAUAAACGACGUGAUGAGGGAAGGGCAAAUCCCAAUUUUUAUCAUGGUUCAGAAGCAGAAUACCUACGAAUACAAGCAUUACAACUCUUGCUGAGACUACAAGUGCAAGCUAUAAGCAAAUUAUGGUCACUCCCUGAUGCAUUUGAAGUGAUAGUACGAGAUCUAUGGGCAUGUCAGUUGUCAUUAUCGUCCUUGCCACCUUUACCAGACUCCUCGAUGCAUUCACGUCCAAGCUCGCCUUCGCCUCCUCCAGUAACGACGAAGCACGGUCAGUCAAGUCAACUGGACAUCGAAACGGUAGAUAGCCACAGUGGAUCAGAAAAUGAAAAAUAUGACUCAGUAUCAGAAUCGGGAAAAGAAGAAGGAUCUGAAUCUGAAUCUGAUCGAGAAACAGAUAUAGAUGUAGAUCCUGAGAUCUUAGAACAGAUCGAAGGCUCAGAUAAAGAAGAAGAGAGAUUACAUGAUGUCGAUGAUGCUGAAAAUAAUCAUACGAUGACGGGCGGAAAGGAUAAGUGGAAGACUAGAAGGAAAAAGAAAUUAAAAAUAUCAGAUACAGUAAUUACUGUAGUAAUGGGAUUAUGGAUUCUUAGAAUACCUAUAAUAGGUGUUGAUAUUGAAAAUGCAAUAAACGAAAUGAAAAUUCCUUAUAUCGACUUUUAUCAUACGACAUACCUGUCUGAGGAAAUGAAGAGACAUAUAAAUAGAGAUAUCAUGAUUUCACUUUCACCACUGCGAUCACCUUCUCCUUUACAUAUUCAUCGUUCAUGUAAGAGUUUCUCCAGAAUAUUAGACAAGAGAUAUGGUAUACAUAUACCUGAGAUCAACGUACAUCCAGUUAUCUGGAGAAUUGUAUCGUCGCUUGGAGGUACACCAACUACCUACGUUCAAGUAGCACGAUUACUUACCAUGUUAGAUACCAAUCUCUCAUUAACAGAGAGGGAAAUCAAUACGUUUUGGAGAAAAGAUCGAUCGAAACCAAAGUUAUAUCAAUCUGAUGAUGAUUCUGAUGAUUUACAUGAUAAGAGGAAAAUGGAGAUUUAUGAGAGAACAGCUUUAUAUCAAGAUGUGUUGGCUCCUGAAGUCGCUGUAGUAAGCGCUUGGAUAAUGAUUAUGAAGAUGAUUUAUGGAUUGGACGGUAUACCUAGGCAAGCAAUAUUAAAAUCUGAUCCUGCGAUUGGACUUGCAACAUCGAAGAAAUGGGUCGAUGAGCUAAAAGAUCGAUUGGAUAACGGAGUUUUCAAGGGUAAUAAAAAGGAUCUUGAAAGACAUAAUUUCAAUGCCAUGGACAAUGAGGAUAUAGAUGCUUUCUUAGUUAAAGCAGAGAAGGUAUUAAUUGAUCAUCGAACCGAACCGAAUGACGUCACGCCUUUCCCACUUCCAAAUCCCUUGAAACUUACGGACCCCUUGAUCAUCCCGAAUUCAUGGGCGAAUUUCCAUUCAACACUUCAACCUUCGAACCUGAUUGCGCAUACACCCAUUCAAGCCAACUUGGGUAUCAACAAGUUUCUGCCUCUGAUGCCGGGCGAGAAAGUCCUGUCAUUCCCUUCCAAUGAUCCAACGGUCGAUCUACCAAGUGAUUUCGAGGUGAUCCUCAGUGCAGGGAGUGAAAUUAUCGGAUGGGAUAAAAAAGAAGUCUUGAUAGCUGUUGAAGUACUGGAGAAAAGAUUGGAGAAGCUACGACCUAGGGAUCAAAGGGGUAGAAAAGGUGUGGUGGCUUCUGAUAAUGAAAUGUGGGAAAGUAAGAGUGUCACUGCGGAUUCAAGUAGAAGUAGAAGCAGGAGCAGAAGUAGACCAGUUACGCACAGAGCGGUCAGUCGAGAAUCAAUCCGAAGUAGGACUAAUAUGAGAAGUAGAGAGCAAAGUGUGAGCAGAACACAAAGUAGAGAAUCAAGUCUGAGUAGAACGCAAAGUGAGGAUAAGAACAAGAACAGAGAAACUAGCUUGAACAGAACGUUGAGAAGUAGAGAACCUAGUUUAAGUAGAACAGCAAGUGUGAAUAGGACGAAUAGUUUACGAGGGAAUUUGAGGAAUCAAGGAGGAACAGGAGGGGGUAUGAAGAACAGUAAGAGUUUUAGUUGA